AUGGGUAUACCGAAGUUUUUCCGAUAUAUAAGCGAAAGAUACCCCUGUCUCACUGAAAAGUUAAAGGAUUAUCAGGUAAUUAAAAAAAAGUAUUCGCAAACAAUAUUUGCCUUCUAUAUCCCUGUAUCUUCCAUAUUCCAUGUAUUUCUGCAUUUUUUUUCUUUCUCGUUGUAAAUUUUCCUUUAAUUUUUGAAAAAUCAAACAUUUCAAAUUGGAGAAUAUACGAAUUAUAUAUUUGAAGUGAAAUAGAUAUACAUUUCCGGAUGUAUUGUUAGUAACCGCAUAUAUCAUUUGCAGAUACCUGAAUUUGAUAAUUUGUAUUUAGACGUGAACGGUAUUAUACACGAGUGUUCACAUCCAGACGACACGGAUGUUACAUUCCGCAUUUCAGAAGAGACCAUAUUCAAGAAUAUAUUUCGCUACAUUGAGGUAUUGUUUCGCAUGAUCCAGCCGCAGAAGUUAUUUUUUAUAGCGAUUGACGGUGUGGCACCGCGGGCAAAGAUCAAUCAACAAAGGAGCAGACGCUUUAAAUCUGCAAAAGAUGCCGAGAUUCAGGAAGCCAAAGCAAGACUCAAGGGGAUAGAUAUACCCAAGGAAAAGAGAUUUGAUUCUAACUGUAUAACGCCGGGUACACUUUUCAUGUCGAAGCUUGACGAGCAAUUGAAGUAUUUUAUUACGUAUAAAAUAUCAACUGACAAACUUUGGCAGAAGUGUAAAGUUAUAUUCAGUGGGUCUCAAGUUCCUGGCGAGGGAGAACACAAAAUAAUGGACUACAUACGUUACAUGAAAACACAACCAAAUUAUGAUGUAAAUACAAAACACUGUUUAUACGGUUUAGACGCAGACUUAAUAAUGUUAGGUUUAUGUACCCAUGAAAUACAUUUUACACUGUUAAGAGAAGAAUUGACAUUUGGCAAGAAACAAAGGAAAGUCUGUUUAACUCCGGAGGAGACGAAGUUUUGUCUGUUUCAUUUGUCUCUGUUGAGAGAAUAUAUAAAUCAUGAAUUUUCAUCGUUAAAAGAAAAAUUGCCUUUCUCAUACGAUCUGGAAAAAAUAAUCGACGACUGGAUUUUAAUGGGAUUUCUUAUAGGAAAUGAUUUUAUACCGCAUCUGCCAAAUUUACAUAUUGUACAUGGCGCAUUAUCAGUGUUGUAUCAUGUAUAUAUGGAUGUAAUGCCUACAUUAGAUGGUUACAUUAACGAAUCGGGAACGUUGCGAUUAGAUAGAUUUGAGAAAUUUAUGGAGAGACUUAGCCGUUUCGACGUGCUGCAAUUCUCCGAGUAUUAUGCAGACUUGAAGUAUCUUGAAAGUAAAACAGGGAGACCUCUCAUCGAGACUGAAAAGCAGAAUGACAAAAGAUCAGGAACUAGUGAAGAGACUCGUUCUCCAAGAAAAACGCAAGAUAAAGAUUGCUUUCGAUUCGAUGCUUUACUUAGAUCUGUCGCGGAUAUGUCGUUAGGGAAAUAUGAUGACGAUGAGUUUGCUGAUGAUAAGUCAGAUUGUGAAAUGUACACUAUGGAAUUUGUUCAGUGCAAGAGGGAUUACUAUAUAAAUAAACUAAAAUAUGAAAAUAUAGACGAAGAUUUUUUACGUUCACAAGCCGAGGGCUACGUCAGAGCAAUCCAGUGGAAUUUAAAUUAUUACUACAAUGGAUGUUGUAGUUGGUCGUGGUAUUAUCCACAUCAUUAUGCACCUUAUAUUUCGGAUAUAAAAGAUUUUAAAGACUUGAAGUUGGAAUUUGAUUUAGGGAAGCCGUUUUUACCAUUCGAACAAUUAUUGGCCGUGUUGCCGACUUAUAGCAAAGAUUUGUUACCGCCCGCGUUCCAAACGUUGUUAACCGAGGAACAAUCUCCAAUAAUUAAUUACUAUCCAUCGGAUUUUGAAACAGAUUUAAAUGGCAAGAAGCAAGAAUGGGAAGCUGUAGUACUUAUUCCAUUCAUAAAUGAGAAAGACUUGUUAAGUGCAAUGGCGCCUCAUUAUCAGAAAUUAACUGUGGAAGAACAGGCAAGAAACAGACAAGGUCCAAUGUGCCUGUUCACUUACACAGAAGAAAAUUUAGGCGUUUUUAAAGCGCCUGAAUACUUUCCCGACAUCAUGAGUUACGCGAAAGUACAAUUAAUUAAUCGCGAUGAUAUUGCUGUUCCCCGGGAAAAGUUAAUUCGAGGCUUGUGUCCCGGUGUAAGACCAGAUGUAUAUUAUCCUGGUUUUUCUACUCUCCAAUACAUAGAACAUACUGCCAGUUUAGAAAAAGCCAAAGUGAAAGUAUUUCAGAGACAAUCGCAACAAGAAAGUAUGAUCCUUCAUGUAAAACCGCAUUCCAGUACCGAUUUAACAACCAUGGGCUCGAAAUUAUUAGGUAAAUCAGUAUAUGUGAAUUGGCCUCACUUAAAGGAAGGCUUGGUAAUAGGGGUUUCCGAACCGAGCUCGAAGAUGAAUUUAGUCGAUUCUCAAAUAAAAUGGAUGUACGAGACUAUCAAUGAAAUGGAGUGGCAUGUGUUGAAGAAACGUAUAACAGAGACAUAUAAAGAUCAUCUUGGAGUAGAUAUCGGCGAAACGAAGUUUUUAGUUCAUGUACGACUACUGCUAGGCAAAAAAUAUAUUUUCUCGUCCAGGGGAAAGGUGCAUGUCGAGAAACAUUGGAAUGAAACGCCGACUUGUUACGCGUAUCAAACUAUAGUGAAAGAUAUCGCGACUCAUUCUAAUAACGGACAGUUGUAUACAACCGUCAAGGAUAUCUUUGAACCAGGAACUAUAUGCUUUAUGUUGGGACAUCCGUAUUAUGGAGCGAUGGGAAAUAUACGCAAAUCCGCGGUCUGCAAAAAAUCAGGCAGAGUUAAAGUAUCUGUAACAACGAUGCAAGAGCCGUCGUUGGAAGAGAUUAAACACAUUCAGGCGGAUUAUCAGACCCAAUAUAUGCAUGGGAGUAUAGCCUCGCAGAGAUUGGGUAUAAGUUCUUUGCUUUUAAGCAGAAUCACCGGCACGAUUUUUGUGAAACAGUCUUCAAACGGUCUACAAGACGAAAGUACACACAAUAUCGGAUUUAAUUUAAAAUUCAAUAAGAAAAACGAGGAAAUACCUGGUUAUACUCGGAAAGGGGAAGACGGUCAAUGGUUCUACAGUCCCAAGGCUCUCGACUUAAUUCGUAGAUACAUGUUGAGAUGUCCUAUUUUAUUUGAAAAAUUAGCUCAAAAUCCAACCGCAUGUAUUUUUCAAGAAGAAGAUUUGUUUACAAAGGGUUCUGAAGAAUUGAAUGAUACAUUGGCAUGGUUGAAAGAACAACUUCAUGGAAUAGAGAGUCGUGCCUGUGGUAGAGAAACCAUCGAAAAUAAUGUAGUGAAGAAACUCGAAGAAGUGGUGGAUGCAUACCUCAAGUCACCAAACAACGUUGGAAAAAUUGUGGAUCUGCAAGUGCAACCAUAUUUACUUUAUACGCCUAUUCUGCGUAUAAGCAAUCUCGCACCUGAUCCAAAAGCACAGACGCAGUUGCUAGACAGAAUUUGCUGCAUUAAAGAUAAUUUCACGGUGCCUCUUGGGAGCAAGGGAACUAUAAUUGGAAUUCAGAAAAUGGAAAAUGCGUCAGAUACUAUGUAUGACGUUUUAUUCGACAAACCGAUCAUAGGUGGAUUUAGUAUAAAUGGAUCUUCUGAAUUCCGUGCAUAUCGUUUGUCAACCCUUGAUUUUAUAAAUAUAAGUUACGGACAAAGAAUAGAGCAAAGUAAAGGAACGCAAAUGAAUACGGAAUCUACAGAACAGUGGAAGAAUUUCGUGGCUGCUACUCAGGAAACUCAGUCGUGCACAAAUGCUAAUACUAUUACAUCAUAUAGAAACGAAAAUCAUUUGCCAGUAGAGGUACCAAUGUCGUCAAAGUCGUGGAUCAUCCAAAAAAGUACAGAAGAAAUACCGAAGAAUCAGUUGUGUCAUAAAUUCAAGCAGUACAACGCGCACAACGCGCAGAAUUCCAUGAACGUUCGGAUAUCACAUAAACCAGUGGCAAAGAGUGUGCAGCUUCCUCAAAAUGCGCAGAAGAAACCUUCAACAAAACCGGCAUCCGAAUUUCAGGCAAUAUGGAAUGAAUUACACAAAAAACAGCCACAAGAUCCUAGUGCUUUUUUGAAGGCGGUGUUAAAAAUUUCCGAUGGCAACGCUCAAGAGUCUGUCCAAUCUGGAAUAUCUAAAACACAUAAACGUUCGAAUAAUCCACAAAAGGGAGAGAAGGCGUUGGACACGCCACCUUUAGUGCAACAAAUGUUCGACCAUGCUCGACAGAACGACAAAACACCAAAUUGGUAUUGCUCUCAAUUAUUGAAUUACUUUCAACUCAGUGGGGUUGGAAUGCCUCGGUAUAGCUAUUUUGGUAUUGGAGAAAAUAAUUUGAUCCAAGCACAUAUUCUAUUACCAGAUAAAAGGAUAUUUGUCGGAGAUCCUUGUAUAAAUCAUGAACAAGCAGCAGGAAGUGCUGCGAAGAAAGUUUAUACAGAACUAAAAUUAGCUAACUUACUGCCAAAUAUGAAGAUAUUUUUACCACCUCCUCAACAUUGGUACUCUAAUCUUCAGAAUAGUAAUUGGUCACAGAACAUAAGACCACCAACGGUACCAUAUUAUUCUCCAGAACCUAAACUUGUUCAACCAUUUUCCGAGUGGGUUCAAAAGAAUCAUCGUGUGCCUGUGCCUCAAGACACGACCAAGCAUAAUAAUCAUCGAUAUAAGCAUCAUACUCAAUCAAAACCCGAACGAACUCACAAUCAGAAAGAACCAAAGUCAGAAACAAAGAAAUGUCCAACUUUCGUACCCUUACAAGCGCAAAAGAAAAGCAGACACGUCACAGCCAAACAAGUUAGCAGAGGCAGUGAAAAUCAAAGUGCCAAAGACAAUCCUCAGUCCACAGUACAACAUAAGGAAAAGGAAUUGAGAGCAAAGACGAUAACAGUAGAAGCUAUCAACACGACCACCGAAAAGCAAAAGCCAGUACAAAGUAGUUCAAAUCAAGUACAAAAUACACAGGCCGUGAUAAAGCCUAAAAGAUCACGUGUUGCUGCAAAAUUUUGCAUAUCGACGCAAAUUGAAGAAAUCAAUCAUAGUAAAAAUCAAAGUUCAACUUAA